GAAGAGGAAAAAUAAACAGCAUAGUGGAGCUAAAGGAGCUAGGUGCGGGUUUUCUUUGCACCUAGCAACUUAGUUGCGUUUUAAGUUUAACUAACAAUCUAAACUGCAAAAAGAACAGUUGCCGUUUAACUGUUGGUUUUACUUCGGGAAAAAGGGACCUGUUCGCGUUAGCUCCUCCCUUGUUAGCCAAUCAGCUAAUCUUGCUGCACUUUGGAGUCGGUGGUCAGGACUAAUGCCUCAGGAGGGAGAGGAAUCUCUUCCCCCGGUUCGCUCUCUGAGCGGCGAUAUUCCCGUUAAUGUUGUCUUCUGUAAUCGCACCAGCCGUGUUGUCCGGCCGCUGUGGAUAAAUUACGAAGGCAAGCCAACGAGGUACGCUGACAUGCAGCCAUUCUCGGGACGGAGAAUGACAACUUAUGUCGGGCACCCUUGGCUCUUCAGAGACGCAGUCUCAGAUGAACCUUUAAAAGUCAACUGCAAAGAGCUGUAUGUUCCUAAGCCGUCCGGUGCUGAGGUCGUUCAUGUUAACAUCACUUUAACGGUUGACAGUCUGAAGGAUCGAGCUCUUUACGCUGUGCGACGUCUGGUGCGACCAGAGGACUACAGGAAGCUGGAAAUCGCACGAUGCCUUCAUGAGGACCUGGAAAAUCCACCCAACCAUCAGAAAGAUCUCCAGCGCAUUAAUCGGCGGGUAGAGCAGCAUCUACUGGAGGCAGAAAGUCAGAAAACUGGAUGAGUGUUUGUUACAUCUGGGCUUCAGCAGAGCAGCGCUCUCUCAAAGACAUUAAAGACUGAGUCAUCGCAGUUGAUUUGCUGUAAAAAAGUGAGACUCACUUUCACUUCCUGUCUUAUUUGUGAUAUUUACCCAGCAGAUUUAGCAAAAAUAUGUCCGUCAGGAAGUAACAAUAAAUUUAGCCUUCAAUUAGAGGGCUUUGUUAUGAAUGUGAAAAGCUGUAAUAGGACCAUUGGUGGGGAGUAAUUUCAAAACUUUACUUUUUUUUUGUACGGAUAGCAAAGUAUGAGCUUCGAUAGAAUAUAAAUGAAUUUUAAAAAGCUAUAUGCAACUUUUGGGAAUUUUUACCUUUCCUCUCAGAUUAACAACACAAUUUGACGAUUUUGUUCAACCUUUUCUCGUUGCUAACUUAUCAGAAAAAGCAAAGCUAAAUUCAUCAACUCUUUAAUUAAACGCUGUAACAUGAGCUUUUCUUUGCCUUCCCACCUAGCAGUCUGUUGCCUUGUUCUAAAUUUACUUAUAGCCACUUUACCUGAACUACUUUCACCGUUUUAUUUUUUGAGAAUUAAUAAAUUUAAUAUAUAUUUGUU